AUGCGCGUCGUUGGAUCUCCGGUUCACAAAGUUUAUGGAGGCGAUGCGUCGACGAACGUCUGGCCAUCGUACGCCCGCCAUGUGCUCCUGAACGAGCUCACGUCGAUCGAGUACGCCGUGCGUCAGCUGAGCGCGAGCUGGUCCAUGCGCAUGGCGGUGCAGCACUGCUGGGUUGACUUUAAUCAAACGUUCCAAGUCGCCCAAUCGACAAAGCGGCAAGAGCGCUGCGCGAUGCACUUUCGUUCGGACGGCGGCGUGUACAUGGAGUCCAUUCAGCGCAACGUGAUUUGGACCGAGUUUUCGGAUUUCUGGGGCGGCGCAAACGGGCCUUUCCCGAUAGCGAUCCAGCUGCCGCUGCAAGAGUCGGCGCGCGGCCGCGACUCCUUGAAAGCAUCGCCGUCGCCCGCGAGCACACGAGCGUGGACGACGCAAUCGCCGUGGCAAAACUACAAGCGCGUUGGCGUCUACAAUGCUAUCACCGACACCUACGGUGUCUCGUAUCUGCUGACGCUCCAGGCGCCGAGUGGCGUCUACCGCUUGAGCUCGCAAACUCUGCUUCGGUCCAGCGCCGUCUUUGCAUUUGCCAACACGACGCCAGCUGCCAUGUUCCAGCAGCACGGGACACUCGCGUCGCCGCUCUCGGCCCGGCUUGGAGCUCGUCACGCACUACCUUGGGCCGUUUGGCUCGAUCGAUAUGGUCUACGUUCCUGUGCCACUGCGCGUGCGACAAAUUUUCGGAUCGUCGAACGCACGCGCGUUUCGUUGGCGGAUAACCUCGCCGCCCAAGCCGCCUACCACCGCAUCGCGCCUCUCGACGCCUCGUUCCCCGUACCAACGGCGUGGCGCAACGACAACCUGUUCACGCUCGAUGGGUUGCCGCUCUGUCCCAAGAUCGAUGGCGUCGCAGGUUCCAUCACGCCGACGCGGCAGCAGCUGGUCGUUGCGGCGCUCGUGGCAGGCCUUCCGUCUUCGUCCAUUGACGCGGAAGCGGUCUGCCAAGGCGAUGUCCACUUUGUAUACCUCGAUCCAGUGACUUCGUUCGUUCACACGUACUACUUGCCGCCGUCUCUGGACGCGACCGAGGUGGCGCCCUAG